CACUGUCCCCCUGCCCCCACCCGCCAACGCCGCUCUCUGGAGCUGCUGAAGCUGCUGGAGGAGAAGGCGGGGCCGUGGCGCGAUAACGCGGUGAUGUGGCGCUGCUGCCGGGACGGAGCGACGGCGCUGCCCAUCCGUGCCACGUGCCAGCAGCGGGGACAGCGGGUGACGACGGCGGGGGGCUGCCGAGACGCCUUCCUGCAGUGCUGUGAGGUGGCACAGAACCUGCGGCGGAGGGGACAGCGCGGGGGGUUGGCACGGGUGCUGGAGGCACAGCUGGCAGAGCAGCUGUUGGAUGAUGAUGAGGACGUCCCCACGAGGAGCUUCUUCCCUGAGAGCUGGCUGUGGCAACGUGUCCGUGUCGCUGGCACAGCACGGCUCUCAGUGCUGCUCCCUGACUCCAUCACUACGUGGGAGAUUCAGGCAGUCGCCAUUGUCCCCGGACACGGGCUGUGCGUGGCGGAGCCGCAGCGGGUGACGGUGACACAGGACGUGCGUGUGGCACUUCGGCUGCCCCCCAGCAUCCGUCCCCGAGAGCAGCUGCAGCUGCAGCCCCUCAUCCACAGCAGGCUGCCCCGCAGCAUCAACGUGACGGUGACGCUGUCGGCAGUGGACGGGGUGUGCGCGGCGCUGGAUGGGGUCCCCCAGAUGUUAGAGCUGCCCCCGGGGCGGGCAGUGGCUGCACCCCUUACCCUGGUGGCCCUCCAGCCUGGGGACAUCCCCAUCACCGUCACCGCCCGCGGGCCGUGGGGGCUGGGAGACCGCGUCACCCGAGUCCUGCAUGUCGAGCCCGAGGGAGAGCUGCACCUGGAGGAGACCACCUACAUCCUGGACACAGAUGAUAAGCGGAGCCGGAGCCUGGAGCUGCCAGGGGAUGUCCCUGCUGAGAUCGUCCCUGAUGGGGAUUUCAGCAUGAGCAUCCGUGUCAGUGGCCAGGUGCCAGGCUGGGCGCUGCAGGGCGCUCUGGGGGUGGGAGACUCUCUGCUCCGCUCCCCCCGGGGCUGUGGGGAGCAGUCCCUGAUGUCAAUGGCACCCACUGCUGCUGCUCUGCGGUUCCUGGAUGAGAGCGAAGGGUGGGGGCAGCUGCCCCCCGGGCACCGACAGCGUGGCCUCAGAACCCUGCAGCAGGGCUUUGAGCGGGUGCAGAGCUUCCGCAAAAGUGACGGCUCCUAUGGGGCAUGGCUGCACCGGGACAGCAGCACCUGGCUGACGGCUCUGGUGCUGCGUGUGCUGGCCCUGUCCCGGCCCUAUUUGCCAGUGGCUGCCAGUGGCCCUGCUGCGUCCCUGCGGUGGGUGCUGGGGCAGCAGCGCCCAGAUGGCGCCUUCUUGGAGCACAGGGCUGUGGUGCACCGCGAGAUGCAGGGUGGUGUGGCAGACCCCGGCCCAGAGGCCACUGUGUCGCUGACAGCCUUUGUGGUGGUGGCCCUCCAUGGUGCCCGCACUCUGCUGCCCCCGGACAGCCCUGAGCUGCCCCUCCUGGACAAAUCCCUGUCCCGAGCCUCCACGUUCCUACGGGGCCGCGUGGAGCAGUUGGGGACGUAUGGGACGGCCAUCACAGCCUAUGCACUGGCAUUGGUGGACACCACUCCUCCGGGGCCGCAUCCGGCAAUGGAACGCCUGCGGGGCAUGGCCCGGAGCGCCCACGGUGGCCGUGCGACCUUCUGGCCAUCUGGUGGCCCCGCAGCCACAGUGGAGGCGACGGCUUACGCCCUUCUGGCACUGCUGCAGAGCCGUGACAUCGCCGGGGCUGGGAGGGCGGCACGGUGGCUCCGGCAGCAGAGCAAUUAUGGAGGUGGCUUCCACUCCACUCAGGACACGGUGGUGGCCCUGGAGGCGCUGGCCCAGAUGUGGCUGCAGUGGGGCCGUGGGAGCACAGCGGGGCUGAACCUGGGGCUCUCCUGGCCGGGGGGUGCCCGGGGGAGGGCUGGUGGCACUCAGGUGACGCUGAAGCCGGGGCUGGAGCCGCUGGAGCAGGAGCUGCAGGUGCCUCUGGGCAGCCCGGUGACAGUGCAGGUGGAGGGACACGGCGAAGGGACGCUGACGGUGCUCCGCCAGUUCCGCCUGCUGUCACCUCCCAACGCCACGUGCCAGGCGCUGCACCUGGAGGUGGCCAUCACCGGCCCCAUCCUGUACCACGCAGAUGAGGACUAUGAGGACUAUGAGGACUAUGAGGAGGCGGAGCCUAAAGAGGGGGAGGAGCCUACAGAAGGGGCAGUGCCCAUGGAAGGGGCAGGGCCUGUGGAAGGGGAGGGGCAAGCAGAUGGCCCCGUCCCACUCAGCCCCAUGUCCUUAUGGGAUGCCCGGAAGCGGCGACGCCGCAGCACGCAGAGCCCUGCCCACGAGGUGGCCUUUCUGGUCUGCUUCCGGCGGAGCCCAGGGGUGGCACUAACGGGGAUGGCAGUGGUGGAGAUCUCUCUGCUCAGUGGCUUCUCACCCCAUAGGGCAGACCUGGACAAGCUGCGGGACGUGGUGGAUCGCUGGAUCAGUCACUAUGAGCUGGAUGGGAACCAGUUGGUGCUGUACCUGGAUGAGGUCCCCCCCGAGCGGCAGUGUCUCAGUUUUGGGGCCACCCAGGAGGUGGCCGUGGGCCACAUGCAGCCGGCAAUGGCAGCCAUCUAUGACUACUAUGAGCCCGGGCAGCGCUGCACCGUCUUCUACAACGCCCCACAAAGGAGCAGCACCAUCGCCACACUGUGCUCCCCCAAAAUCUGUGAAUGCGCCCAAGGGGGGUGUCCCCAUGCCCAAAGGAGGACACAAGAGGUGACAGCUGAUGACCGCCACGACUUUGCCUGUUACAGCCCCCGUGUGGACUAUGCACUGGUGGUUCGGGUGCUUUCCCAGAGCGAGAUUGGGGCUUUUAUGGCGUUUGAGACAGAAAUCAAAGAGGUGCUGCUUGGAGGUCAGGACACAACAGCAGCUCCUGGGGAGCGGAGGCGGCUGCUGGUGCGGAAAAGCUGCCCACUGCGCCUGCAGCCCCACAACAUCUACCUGGUGAUGGGGGGCAGCGGGGGGACACAGGACCCUGAGGGGCGCCCCCAGUUCCUGCUGGGCCCCCACUCGUGGGUGGAGGAGGUGCCGUCCCCUGGACGCUGUAGGGCCACACGGCUGCGGGGUCACUGCGCCCAACUGCAGGAGUUCCGCACCCGCCUGAGCCAACUGGGCUGCCAGCUGUGAG